UGUGAUCAAAGCGCUUAGAGAUGUCGUACAAGUUGCUUGUGCUAGCUAUUGGCCUUGUCCAGCUCAUUAGAAGUGCUGAAUGUGGGCGAAAUCUGACGGAGCUUCGAGCGGCUAAUUAUCCACCUGAUUUCUUGAUGGAUUUAUUCAAAAACGAGUCAGCAGUAUGUCACAACGAAACCUAUGUGUCGGAGGAGACCAUAGUUCGAUUUCGUGACGACGAGGACUUCGAUGGAACACCGGAGCUAGGAUGCUAUUUGUAUUGCAUUUUUCGGGAAAAGAAUUUUUGGAUCAACUCAAGGAACGAGCUGCACCUGACUAAAGCGUUGGAAAUUGUACCGGUUGAUUUUGAGCAGCAAGCAUUGAAAAUGGGAUUAAAGUGCCUCAAAGUUAAAGGAGAUGAUAACUGCGCCCGUGCUUUGUGGUACCAUAACUGCUGGAAGAAAAGCAGUCCAGCUCAUUACUUUCUCAUUUGAGCUGAGCUAACAAUUAUUAGAUAUUUAUUCCAUUCAAAUGCAACUAAAGUGAUAAAACAUGAAAUUUGAUUAAGAAUAAAUUGACGAUUUCAAAAAA